AUGAGUUUGCUUUUAAAGCGUCGUUCACGCAGUGAGACACGUCCAAAAAUUAAUGAGGAGAAACCCAAACAGGAGAAGCAACAGCAGCAUCAGCCACAAAAUCAGAUAACUCCGUCAACUAAAAAACCGCCGGUGUCCUCGGUCCACACGAAUUCUAGUGAACAGAGUUUGCACAAAUUAUCCUUGGGCAUGGGCAGACGCAAGACAUCCGCUGAGCUUAUAAGCGAAGCAAAACUAUUUUUAGGCGAUGGAGCGGGAAUGGGAGCUGCUGCUGUUGCAGUUGGACCACAAAUGAUGGCAGCCACUGGCGGUGCCCGUUUGGUUAGUACUCGUCGGCCAAUAACUCCACGUGAACCCGGACGUGUACUCUAUGGCAAGGUGGCCUUAGCCGGACGACCGCCCAGUGCUUUUUCGAUGCGUUAUUUGCAAAAUGAGAAACCACCAAUGACGCCGCCUACAAAUUUAGUUGCACCGCGGCAACUGCCGGCAUUGGCAGGUGCUCCAGCUACGCCAAUGCCACCGCCCACACGAAAUGGUGAUUUACUCUGUCAGUCGAGCAGCGAGACCUUAAUUGAACUAUUGAAACAACAUGCGGGCCUAAAGGAAUGCAGUGCCGAGACAGUUCAACAUAUCAAUGCGAUAUUACAAGAGCUCUAUACGAGGGUACGCAAACAGGAGCGAAACUUUAAACGUGGUUUCAUAUUGGGAGGACUCUAUGGUCUGGUUGAAUGUACAUCUCCGCGUAUCCUCUUGGCUGUGGCACGCGUUGUAUUGGCGCUUCGUGUGACUGGCAGCAAUCUUACUGGAGCCUGCAAGUUAAUCUUUAAGGUGGCUCGCCAUGAGCAGCACGACAGUUUGUUCCAUGAACACGAUGUGCUUGAAUUGCUUAUCGAUGGCUUGGGCCAUGCCUCGCCACUGGAGGAGCCAGAGGCCUGCAUCUAUGCCUAUGGUUCAAUACGAUUCCUGACAGCCAGUAGUGGACAACAGGAGCGUGAUGAUGCCCUCAAUUGCAAUUGGCCUGUCGAAUUGAUAGAAACAACAUCACCAACUGCAGCGGCAGCCAUAACAUCAGCUACAGCUCUAGCUGGUUCUGCUUCUGGAUCUGGAGGCGGACAGACAGCCAUCAUUUGUCCACGUAAAUUGAGUGGCCAGCAAACAUUGAUAGCCCGCCUUGCCCGGCAUGGGGCCGUCGAGUUGAUGAUUCUUCAUUUGCAAAUGCUAAACGAGGCGGGGGCCACACGUCGUCUGUCUGGUCCACCAUUGCAUACACUCUAUCAGUUGUCCGCCGCGAUGCGUGCCCUGGCCAAUGUGUGCCAACAGCAACAGCGUCUUCAAUUGCAAUUGCAAUUGGCCUGUCCACAUUUGAUACGUGCUGCUGAAGUCUCCAUGGGUGAGCUGGAAGUUCAGGCCAAUGUUGUGCGUGCCCUGAGUGUUCUAUCCGAGGAUUCAGAUUGCUGUGAGAUGCUAUUGAAGUAUACAGCCCGCAUUGGGUUACUUUUGGGUCCAUCUUGCUGUUGUGCCAAUAAGGAUGACGCUGGUCAAUGGAAUGAACGCCUAUUGGCUGUUCUCAGUCGUCUGGGCUAUAUGUUGGGUAAUAUAUUGGCCAAACAUGAGUCCGCCCGCACUCAGUACUUUCACAAUGAUGUUGCCAUGGAGUAUCUGUUGAAUGUAUUAAAACAGCUGAGCAGCAGCCACAGCAACACCAAUAAUAACCCAUCCGCCGCAACAGAGGCUUCCCUUAUCGAUGCCCAAAUCAAGUUAAUACGUGUCAUUGCAAAUAUGAGUGUCAAUUCCGAGGUUGGAGCUGGUUUGGGUAACAUUCAUACUCUCGGCUCAGUGCUCCUGCAAUUGUUGCGAGAUGCAAGCUCAACUAGACAAACACAAAGGUCACCCGAACAGCAAGAACUUCUGCAUGCCACACUGGGAGCCCUGCAUAAUCUAUGCUUCUAUCAGGAUAAACAAGCGGGAACUCCGGCUGUGGGCUCCUUACAGAGCCUCAUCGAUGAGCUAUCGGCGACCUUGGCCGAGACUUUGUCCAAAUGCCAAACGACCUCAACUAAAGUGGAAUUGGUACGGGUCUUGGGCAACUUGACACGAAACGAACUGGCCCGUCGAUGUUUCUGUGCAGCCGGUGGAUUGCCUCUGAUGGUGCAACAGCUGACACGGCAGUCUGCCGGACAUGAUUACGAGUUGCGUACCUGUGCCAUUGGGGUACUAGUCAAUCUCUUGGGCGAUGGCGAACAACGUUCGCCUUUCUUGCAACUGCGGGGCGCGGAUCUGCUGCUCCUUUUGCUGAGAGGUUCGUUGGAACAGGAGGAUUGGUUUAUGGCCAACAUUGUGUGUCAGGCCCUGUGGAAUCUAUUGAUUGAUGGUCAAUGUGCGACUGCUCUAUGUCAGAGUGGCAACAUUUUGGACGAGGUCAGCGAUGUAUUGGCCGAUUAUUUAGAUGAAGAGCGACUAGGCAAUCCCGGAGAUGAUGAUGAACAGGAUCUGGAUGUGGAUGCGAUUGCAGACCCGGAAGCAGAACAGCAGCCUAAAACUCUUGAAGAUGAGGCCAAUCAGCAUUACCAGCAUCAUGAUGACAAUUUGUGGGAGGACUUUGCAUUGGUUGCCACCGAUUUGUUGGAACGUAUACAUAACAAUUUCGAUAAACAGCAGCAAACACACAUCGAGAACGAUAACGAUAACAACGAUGACAACGAUAAUGACGAUGUUUUUAUAGAGGAAAUGUAAUCUCCCUCUCUC